CGCACGAUCCAGUCCGCCAGUGUCUCGAGAAGGUCCAGCUGUUCCAUCGACUUCAAAAUGAACACUCUGCUCUCCAGACCGAGCAUCAGAAGCUGAAGUCCGAGGACGAAAAGCUCAGGCGAGAGCUCGAACAGCACUCCCGACAAGCGACCAAGACAGCCCAGCAUCUGCAGGACCAAGUCGCCCAGCUCCAGUCUGAAAACCGCACGCUCAAGGAAGACAACCGUCAACUCUCGCGGCAGUACAUGGACCUACAGAAACAGAGCCACAUUUGGAAGCAGCGGCUCACCCACGACGACCAGCAGCUCACUCAAAUGACUGCUGAGCUGUCCACCUGCAUCGGCGAACAGCGUCGGCACGAAGAGACCGAGAGGACGCUCCACGAAGAGCUGUCUCAGAUGCGCCAGCUACACUCGAAUACACAGCAACAGCUGCAAGGCCAGAUGGACAAGCUGAAGGCGCAACACGCCGAACAAGUGGCUGCCCUGAUGGACGAUAUCCGAACGCUGGAGGCUCGGGAAGCAAGGUGGUCGAUGCUGUACAAGCGAGACGCAUUCUCCGCCAGAGAUCACCGUAGCGACAGCGGCCGGGCAGUGGACCAUGGAUCACCAUCGCCACUGAAGCAAGAUCACGACCGCUCGCCACAGGGCCGGCUGUAUGGCCAUAGGAUGAGCCCAUCCAAGCCGCCGACACCACCGAAACCUGGGGCUGCUCUGGCGGCCACUGCCACUCCGCUUUCCGACCGUGCUGUCCACUCCACGCCGUUUCCAAGUCGUGCGGCAAUCUCGCCGAUCACCAAGGAAACUCGGUACAGCCCGCAUCAGCCGAUGGCCGUCGAUUCUGCUCACGCCAGAUCAACGACCUCCGAGACGCCAACCUUCCUGUUCGACGAGGCCAAGAACGCGGCCAAGGUCGUCGAAGAUUUUUCGAGGAAGAUAUCCGAGCUGGAGAGAAACUUUGACCGGAUCGAGUUUGGGCUGUGAUGGGCAGCCAUCGCAAGGGACCGACCUCGGGGUUCGCCCUGAACCCGGCCCCACAAGCAUCUAUGGAAGAGUCCCAUCGAAUAUAUAGACGGACCGGAACCAAAGCGCAUUCAUUGGAGCGCGUAAGC